AUGAGUCAACUCUCGACCGACACCAUUUUCAUAGUAGCAAACUAUUUUACAUCUUCAAAGGACUAUGUCACUCUUGAACGUGUCUGUAAACGAUAUCGGAACCUUUCAUAUCGCUUUGAUUCCAAUCCUAUUUCAAUUAACAGUCCCGUCUGCUUCAAACUCUUUCCACACAUUCACACCCUCAACUUCUACAAGAAAAGUGACCUCAUGUAUUACACACAAUACAACGAAGAGAACACAUUGAGUUACUCCGUUAACACUCUCUGUUUCAAAUACGAAAUGUCUUAUUCCGACGUUGUCAAGAUCAAUGGCAUCCAAACCAUCUUUAAGUCACUCUCAAUCAGUAAGAAAGAGCGUUUAAAGACAAAGAACAGGAUUCCACCUGAAGUCAACAUCCUUGCCAGUAGCGCCUUUGAGAAAUGUACGACUCUGAAGGACUUCGUAGUCCCUGAUAACGUGCGUGUCAUCAAGAGCAGUUGCUUUGAUAGUUGUUCUAAUCUCUCUACUAUUAAACUUCCAAUAGGGUUGACGCGUUUGGGGACGUCGUGUUUCUCUGGAGCUCGCAAACUCGAGAGCAUUGAAAUACCAAAAUUGGUGCAGGCGAUCGGCUACAACACGUUUAAAACGUGUGAGGCGCUUUCAAAGGUCUUUCUACACGAUGAAGUCACUUCAUUGGGGAGGAGCGUGUUCUUCAAGUGCUCCAGUCUUGCGCAAAUUGAUCUUCCAAACAAACUCCGUGACAUCGGAAUUGACUGUUUCAACGAGUGCGGUGCGCUGAAGGAAAUAGUAUUGCCGGAACACGUCAAGGAGAUCCCAGAGGAGGUGUUUCAGAAAUUGCUUGAAACUCUCAUUUGUCUAUCUUCCAAAGAACAUCGCGAAGGUCGGGACGUGUGCUUCCAUAAAAACACUUUUAAAGACGUCAAAAGUGUCCAUUUUGUCGUUGCAAAGACUAACACGAAAUUGGUGAAUCACUUACAGCAAUUCGAUUGCGAAAUUGGGGACAUUCGCAGUGUCAUUCAGUCGGUGUGUACGAAAAUUCAAAAGUGUCGAAGUAUCACGCACUUUGAAAGGGAACGCAUUGACGACAUGAGCGAAGUCCAGAAGAGUCAAAUUGAAGAGAUGGAGGUCGAAGGGGCAAAUGAAGAGCGAAGUGCUCUAAUGACGAAUGAAAUAGCAAUUACACAACAAAAGAGUGACAAGAAAGAAUUAUCUGGAAAUGAGAAAUUGAAUGAUGGAAACACUUCUCCUCAUAUUAAAAUGAACGACGAGAAAAGUCGAAGUAGAGAGAUAAAGGCGACGUCUCAAGAUUCAAUGUCUCCAAAGAGCAAAAAGAAGAAUUUGAAUGUCAAAGCAAAAGGGAAAGAAGUCAAAGAAAUUAAAAAGAAUUUAAUGACGAAGAAAGAAAGCGUUUUAAAGAGCAAAAAGAGUGUGAAGAAUAUGGAGAAGGCAAACGCUAUGGGUGAGAGGAGUAACGGUGAAAGUAAAAGUGCUUCUUCUAUGGACGGUGAUGUUAAUAAAACUAUUCGAAAACUAUACAUAAUUAAAAAACCAAUUAAAAUUGAUCCAAUUUUAAAGCCGUCUGAAUUGAAAAGAGUUGUGAUGGAAACCCUUGAAAGAGAAGGCGAAAUUCAAAAGGAAAAGAAGACGGAAGUGCCAACGAAAACGUCGUUGGAAAUUCACUCGCGGUUUGCUGGUAAUAAAACAGUUGACGUUCCACAGAAAGAAAUGACAAAUGAAGUCGUCAAGAAGACAUCAGUGCAACAAAAAGGCACUUCAAAAAUAGUUGAGAGCGAAAUACCAAAUCCCGUGAAAUCGACGUGCGAGAAAAUUGAAGGUAACGAGAAAGUUUUUGAACCACAAAAAGUCGAGAAAAUAGAAGAGGAAAAGAAGACCAAUCAAAGUGAUAUAUUUGAUGAUAAAAAGAAGAAGGAAGAGCAUCCAACGACUUCUUUGAAUAAUUGUAAUACGAAUGAGAAUAAUAAAGAACAGAAAGAUGUUUGUAACACUAAAGAAAUAAUACAUGAAAUGUUUAUAACAGAGAAAACACUUGAAAUAACUCCAAUUAUACCAAUAAUAAAUGAAAAUAAAGAGUCUCCGCUUAUAGAAAACGCGUGUUUAAUAGGACUCGACUUGAACGAAAGCACAUCAGAAGAGGAGGAAAAUUGA